UUGUUCCUUUUCUCCCAUUUCGAUAACCUGUGUUCAGUGAGAUGUUUUGCUCGCGCCUUGGCGCCUGCACUUGGACACGACUUAGCGUACGCCUCGCAUGUCCCAGACUUAUGUAAUUUGUCUCACAAGCCAUUCCUCAACAUUUUAUUGUGCGUGCGAAGUCAUCGAAACCCCAGUAUCGAGGUAUUGCGUCCGAGGCCGACUCAUUAUCAAAUACGAGGCACGCGCCGAAUUUUAGUAUAAGCAAUUUUCGGAUAGGUUAUCGACGCCAGUAUGAAAAACGGCAUUUUAAACCGAUGAAAAAAGAAGAUAUCCUCAUCUGCCCGAGAGAGAGGCUAGGAGUGGAUUAUGGUUUGGAUUUGAUGGAGGGCCUGGAACGCCGAUGUAUGCCUACUGGAGACGCCUACCGAAAUUUGUACCUUCGAAAUUUACUUAUGUAUUCAAGCGGACGACUAGGUAUGUUUUUUCCGUUAAGUGUAUAAUCGGAAAUCGCUUCACUACAAAACCGAGAAGCCCAGCCAAUUCAAGAUGUAUUACGUUCAGUCUUGUUCGAAUAAUAAGUUUUCCUUCCCGAAGAAUCUCUUGAGUUUAGACGACACUCAUUUCAGAUCUCUGGGGAUUCUCAUUGCAAAUUCUAUCAGCGAAGCAGAAAGAGUUUAUGUCUUAGACGCCUGUCUUGGCUCACAUCGACUUGGACAGCAAAAGGUCCGAAUCAUUACAGAUUCUGCCAAUAUCGCUCUAUAUUUUCGACAUAUGCUUGUUCCUCACCCAGAGACUAAUCCGAGCUUGUUCCACUAUAAUCUGGUCGUCUACAUUGCCACGUCGCUGAAAAUCCCAAACUCGAAGGAGUACGCGCUCACAUCCGACUCGUUCGCCGCUUCUAAUCCGGAACGCGGCAUUUUGUUGAUCUCAAAUGUCAAAAAUACAGAAACCAUCACAGACGCUAUUCUGGCGGCUGUAGGCUCUAGAGUCAUUCAUGAAGAGAUUCCGUCUCUUCCUAUACAAGCUCAUAUUAUGUAUCAUCGCGGAAAAUCUGCGCUGGUCAUAGAUCCGUCUAAACUCCUGGUAUGCGCCGUGCCCGAAGAAACAUAUUUCAACGGUUUCCAUAGCGCUCUCUGGAAUUCACAUGGGGUUUUUCACAUGUUCGGAGGGGUCGCUCAUCAAAAUCUGAAGGCCCCUAGAUCAAGGGGAGACCUUGUAGAGAUGACACUACACGGAGACGUCACCAAUGCCAGAGUCAUUCAGCCUCUUCACAACCUCGUUCCGAAAGUGCCUCCACCCACUACGUUAGUUUUUGUCAUCAGAGAUAUCACAGGCAUCCUUCCGGGGCUCGCGAAGCUCGCCCCGCAAGUCGCCUCCAAGUACCUCGCAGCUGGAUAUGGUGGAAAACCGAACCAGCUCCAACCCUUCUAUUUUCAACACAGACUCGUUUCUCCCUUUGGAAAGCUCGAAAAGCUCUUCGAAGAGUUGGCCGUGGCGCACCACACACGUAUUUAUCUAUGUAAUAUAAAACGCAGAGAUGGCACUGAACUCACACGAAACGAAAUAGAAAACAUUCUCUUGACCUCGCUAGACAAUUCACUUGAUCAGUCGCCGCCGGAAAGGGACGACGUUCUAAAAUGUGACGUCAUAAAGUCGGUGCGUGGCGUGUCUACUUCUCUGGAUCCCUUACAGGGAUGGCAAAAAGAUGAAUACGUAUCCAAGGCGAAGCGCUUCGCAUCGCUCAUAGGCAUAUAGACAGACAGUUUUGCGUGCUCUCUACUAUAAACCGGUGGAAAAAAUGUACAUAUCAACGACGCGCAUAACA